GGAAGAACGGUUCUCUUUCGCGGAACUGUUCCAACACGGAACCCAGUACCAACCAACCGUGGUCCUCCCGCCAUGACGGAGCCCACAGUGCGGGUGUGUGCCUCCUUCAACGUCCGCAAGUCUGCGCUGCCGGACUUUUGUCAGGCAGCGAGCCGGAUCGCCACCGAAGCAGGUCUGGACGAACACUGUGGCGCUUUCCGUGUGCAACGGGAGAUUGGCUGGACCCGACAGGUCUCCACCGAGGCACAGAGCCUUUUCAUGCUGGUGCAGGAAUGGCAGAGUGGAGACGCUUUGGAAGAACAUGUAAGGUCUCCAGCAGCCAUGCGCUUUGAUCGUGAUUUGAAAGAGGGAGACAUCUUAGCUUGUGCUCCGAUGCUGAGCUUGUUUGGCCCAGAGCUCCUGGUUGCAGACCUCAAGGCCAUGGCAGCGGAGGCCAGAGCCAGCGGACUCGAGCUGCCCAAUUCCGAGGACCCACCCGGCGGAUCGGUGCUUCGACCUGACUCACGGAGCGUGGCGGGCUUCAGGUGAAGACCGCCGAUCCAGUGCCCGAGACGAAGAGCCAAGGCUACAUCAAGAGUCCGGGUGCAGGAAAAGGCAGCCCACAGGCCACCGGACCUGGCUCGAAGGGCGCAAGGGCCGCAAGGGCCAGUGCCGGUGGGAGCACGAAGAAUGGCGCUUGGAAGUGAAGGAAA